AAUGUAUGUGCUUGUGUGCAUGAGUGACACCAAACUAAAGGCUUAUCUGGAUGCAGCCACCAGUUACUGCCACUUGUAAGAGCUUACUAUGGUACAUUUCUGUUACAGAGAGCUUUUGUAGAUAAACUGGGUUACUGUGACUGUUUGCAUUUGUGCAACUGCAGCUCCGUGAUUACAUAAGAGUUCAAGAGCAUCUAGAGUUAUUACUGUAAAAAUGCAUUCAUUAGGGUUUCCACGGCCAUCCAGCUACUGCUACGAUUUGGCCCAGCUUGUGUGUGCAUGUGUGUGCCUCUUGGAAUAGCCAAGCCAUGUGAUUCCUCCAGAUUCUAUUUCAGAACGGCGGCCGUCGAACACUCUGCACUCUUCACAGCAGCCUGAAGAAUAGUUGACAAAUUCGUCGUUCAGUCCCUGCGUCUGUCAUCAUUCGCUCAAGCUUUCUGCUCAGAUCAACAGGUGAAUUGAUCUGUAGGUGGUUUCAAGGUGUAUGUGACCUCUCCCCCUCUCCCCUGUGACCUCUGAAUCCCGGUCGACCUUCUCCCCCUCCCCUCCCUCACUUGAGGCCAGACUGUAAUCCAUGGCGCUCGGGACGCUUCUGCGUUUCGGGAAGCAGUUGCUGAGGGUGAAGGUGGUGAACUGUAACACGGAGGACUCCCGUCUGUCCCGAUGUCUCAGCACGUUUGACCUGGUGGCCCUUGGCGUGGGCAGCACGCUGGGCGCUGGCGUCUACGUGCUAGCUGGGGCUGUUGCACGAGAGAAUUCGGGUCCUGCUAUUGUCUUGUCCUUCCUGAUAGCAGCCUUAGCCUCAGUGUUGGCUGGUCUGUGCUACGCUGAGUUUGGAGCUCGUGUUCCCAAGACAGGCUCAGCUUAUCUUUACUCCUAUGUGACUGUAGGGGAGCUCUGGGCUUUCAUCACUGGAUGGAACCUCAUCCUCUCCUAUAUCAUUGGUACCUCCAGUGUGGCCCGUGCAUGGAGCGCCACCUUCGACGAGCUGGUAGGGAAGCACAUAGAGCAGUUUUGCAGGGAGUACAUGUCUAUGGAUGCACCGGGUGUAUUGGCAGAAUACCCUGACAUGUUCGCUGUUCUCAUCAUAAUCACCCUCACAGGUCUGUUGGCAUUUGGGGUCAAAGAGUCAGCGACGGUGAACAAGGUUUUUACAUGUGUCAACGUCCUAGUCCUGUUGUUCAUGGUUGUCUCUGGGCUGGUCAAGGGUACUUUGAAGAACUGGCAGCUAGACCCUGAAAAGAUCCUGCAUGCCCAUAAUACCAGUAACUCCAGCCUCAAUCUGACAGACGUCCUGCCGACCAAAGAGAGUUUAGGAGUGGGCGGCUUCAUGCCAUUUGGACUCACAGGCGUCCUGUCAGGAGCUGCUACCUGUUUCUAUGCCUUCGUCGGAUUUGACUGCAUCGCCACCACAGGUGAAGAGGUGAAGAACCCCCAGAGAGCCAUCCCUAUCGGCAUCGUAUCCUCGCUGCUCAUCUGCUUCGUAGCAUACUUUGGCGUUUCUGCCGCCCUCACCCUCAUGAUGCCCUACUACCUGCUGGAUAGCAAGAGCCCUCUGCCCGUAGCGUUUAAUUAUGUGGGCUGGGGAGGAGCCAAAUAUGCUGUAGCUGUAGGCUCUCUUUGUGCUCUGUCCACUAGCCUGCUGGGUGCUAUGUUCCCUAUGCCCCGUGUGAUCUGGGCUAUGGCCGACGAUGGGCUGCUUUUCAAGUUCAUGGCUGAGAUCAGCCCCCGCACCAAAACCCCGCUAAUCGCAACCCUCACCUCGGGCAUAGGGGCAGCAAUCAUGGCCUUUCUGUUCGACCUGAAGGACCUGGUGGACCUGAUGUCAAUAGGGACUCUGCUGGCCUACACAUUAGUGGCUGCCUGUGUCUUGGUGCUCAGGUACCAGCCGGAGCAACCCAGUCUGGUGUAUCAGAUGGCCAGUACCCAGGAGGAAGUGGAACUGAGCGACGGCAUCAGUGUCCCCAGCAUGGGCAUCCUGGCUGGUGUGGAGGAAAGGUUUAGCUUCAAGACCCUGCUGUUCCCAGACAACCCUGAGCCAUCCACAUUGUCAGGCUUCACCGUCAACAUCUGCGCCUCUCUCAUGGGAAUGUUGAUCCUGGCGUUCAGUGUACUGGCAGUGCAGGGAGGCGCUGCUGUGUGGAACGUCGCAGCCCUUAGCGUCAUCUUCAUCGUGUGUCUCCUCCUCACCUUUAUCAUCUGGAGACAGCCUGAGAGCAAGACCAAACUCUCUUUCAAGGUUCCAAUGCUGCCCUUCAUUCCAGUGAUCAGCAUGUUUGUCAAUGUCUACCUGAUGAUGCAGUUGGACAGAGGCACUUGGAUACGCUUUUCAGUCUGGAUGGCUAUAGGUUUUGUGAUCUACUUCGCCUAUGGUAUUCAUCACAGUGCUGAGGCCGCUACAGCCCGCUCAUCUCCAGACACAGAGAUGAUCGGCUUCAAGCAAGACCACGAAUCAGAAGCCAUGUCACCAGAAAAGGAGGCCUUCAUUCACAAUGGAAUCAGUGCCAGGGAAGAGGACGAUGGAGAUUUGUAGGACGCAUUACAACGUGCUGCGUACACUUUAACCUGGCCUGACGCCAGUCUGUUUGUGUAAGAGCCUCUCUGACAGGACAACUCCCAGUCCCUCACUGGUAGUACCCCUUGUUGGGAAAAGUAAUGAUAAAUACCUUUGACCUACAGUAAAAUACAAAGACCUGCGAUGUUCCCCUUCAACUGCUGGCUAGAACACAGACAACCGGUUAUAAUACUCAUGCAAAAACAGAACUUCUAUAGCCAUAAUUGACAUAUUCUGUUAUUUCAGUAUUGUGAUAUAAGCUUGUUACCCCUUGUUUUUGGCCGGGAGGUUUAACUGCUUGUUAUCGCUUGGCUGUCUGAAGGAGGAGGUUCAUGUUGGAGACAUGAAACAUGUCACUAUUUCAGGGAGGUUCAAAGAUAUUGGGAAACCAUAGCAUGUGUUUCUCUUCAUGUUCGGUCAUAGUAACUUCUUUGGAGAGCGUCUGGGUUACAUUGCUGGCAGCAGGACUAUGUGCACAUGUGGUUACAGCUAUCGUCUAGGUGCCAGAAAGUCCUGCAGGGAUACAUUUUUUGCCCUUUUUUCGGUUAAAACAAAACAACUACUGUAUAUAUCCACAUAAUUCUGAAAGUCAGAUAACACACAUCAGUAUUAAAUACAGAUUGGUACUGAUAGCUGCAUCUUCUUAAACUUGAUCAACUCUAAUGUAACUGAUGUUGAAAAGCUGCCCUAACAGUCCAGUCCUGUCAAGUGGGAGCUUUCACAUUAAGCGCUGCAGCACACUUGGCUUGUCAAUUAUGUAAUUACCCUUGCCCACCAGCCGAAAACGGUGGUCAGGCCAGUGGCUGCACAUAUAAUUUAAACUUUCACAGUGUCCAAGUUUUAGUCUAAACCGUACCGUAUUGUGAUUAUACGGUAUGGUUUAGUGCUGGCAUCUGUCCUAGCAAGAAGCAGUCAUAAACAAUCAUACACCAUGGAUCUGGCUUCAAAUUAUGAUGCAGAAAUGGCUGUAUAACCAACAUAUCCUGUUGGAAAGUUCCUUAAUCUGAGAUACAGAGAUUCAGAGGAUGUGAUUCGGUCUUAAGCCUAACAGCCACAUUAUUAAAUUAACUAGUAGUAGUUUGUUAAGCGAUACCUGAUUUUACAUGCUCUUCACCAUAAUAAUGACAGUUGUUAAAAUACACUCUUUGAUUUGGGAUAUUUAAUACCCUGGGUUAAAAAAUAUGGAACCUGAUUUGUACAUCAGGUGCGGACAUUUGCAGUUUCUAAAUGCCAAUUAAUGUCAUGUAACAAUAUAGAGUAGUGGAUUUUCACAGUGCUGGCUGCUGUGUCUGUUUGCAUCUGUAGCUUGCAACACUUAGUCUUUUCAAAAAAGAAUACAGCCCAACUUUAUUUUUUCUUAAAAUGUUCAAUUUGGAUUCAUGUAUUUGUUCUCAAUUUAUUUUACACCUUUUCUCGUGUUAAUUAAUGUCUUUUUAUUACCCCCUUCCUAAAAAUGUUUUUUUCCAGUGUGUCUUUCAGAUUAUAAAUCUGAUUGAACAUAAUAUUUACAAUUACAAUUACAAAGUAAAAGCCUAUGAAGAAUUUGAUCAGGUGGAAUUUCACCACACAUGUAAAUUUAUUUACAUCAUUUUUUGUUGUUGCUGUGGCUGUCAUUAAAAUACCCCAUGCUUUUAGGUAUGUUUUCUCUUUUCACAAACUUAAAAGAGUACUCCACCGAUUUAGCGUUGUUGGACUCAUGAUGGACAUUUUUUUUAAAAAGGAUCAAAAUCACUGCAGCAGAACCAUCUUUUUUUAUCCCACUCACUCUUUUUCCUUUCCAAAUCCGUGUGCUUACAUUACCCACACUGCAAAUCAACCACAAACAGUCCAAUUGGAGAUUCAGGUGUGUUAUGCUAGUAGCGGAAAAUGUAGUCUCAAGCCGCUUGCCUCAAGCAGAGAGGGAUGAGGAGCAGGCUACAGAGGUGUGGUAAGCUCACUUCUUUCUAACUCCACACCCCCAGAUAUUUUCAACUUUCAAACUUGAAGUCUUCAGACCCAACCGACACUGACUCAAGUGACAUCACUGGAGGACAUUUAGACUACUCAGCUCAACACUUAUCAUAUCAUCAACACUUCAACAGCGUUCUCAUCAGUUUUAACCCUACAGUGCAUUCACUAUGGUUUUGGGAGUCCUUUACAACAAAGUACGUGUGUAAUCAUGUGUGUGUGUAUAUAUAUAUAUAUAUAUAUAUAUAUAUACUCAUUUAUAUAUACAUGUUUUGUAUAUUUCUUAGAGUAAAUUAUUUGUAGAUACGAGAAAAGGCUUUUUGUUAUUUUGAAAGCCUAAUGAUUUUUGUGCAUACGUAGGAUCAUCUGUCUUCAGGUUGGUUGGCUGUUUUUUGUGUCUAACUUUGUGUUCCCUUUACUGUGUUUACAUGAUCAGUGCAACUGAAACUUCGUAAACCUUGUAAACUGUGGCUGACCUAAGCAAUAAUGCCUUAUUAACAAAAAAGUGCAGUUAUAAAUCAAGAAAUAUAGGAUAUUGGCAUGAAUGUGGCAGAAACAAGUGCUUUGGGGUCAUAGUGGGCUGCCUGUAAUGCAGGACUUCAUAGUAGAAGUAUAAUAAUAAUCUGUGGCACCACACUACUACGACAAGUAUUACUUUAACCAACCAUAUAUGACUAACUCUUUCAGGGGUUUUGGUCAUUUGUGUACUCAACAAAAUAAUAUACCUUGCUGAAUUGAUACACUAAGCAUUACUCUUACUGAAAUCCAGUUAUAUCUACUUAUUUGGCAAUUCUUUAAUUUCAGAAACAUGCAGUCUCACAAAUAGUCAAAUAAAGUUAAAAUUCACUUUUCCUAUAAUUGUAUUUGUUUCAAAGUAAUUUAACUAACUUUUUUCUCUCCAUGACAUUAACAUUUAAUUUUCUUUUGAAUCAAUACAAAGGGAUUCAUGUGCCUCUUUUGGCAAAAUCAGUACUUGUUCCUACAUGUUAUGCCAAACUUUUCAGAAAUAAAUACUAUGUAUAUACACAUACAGCAUAUAAACUGAUAAAAGAGGAAUCUUCUUUCCUUUUAACAUGUGUCACAUUAUUAUGCUUUUGAUGUUUCAAAUCCAUUACCAGUGUUGAUGAGCGGCAACUUCAUGUUUAUGUUUUUUUUGCUGUGAUUACAUCACUUCCUCAGACAUUUUCUUUUUGUUCUUUUUGUUGCCCCGUUUUUUUGCUUGGUCAUGGUUGGCUUCCAGUGUGUUUAAAAUUGUGUACUUUUUGGUUUUUAUUUGAAAAAGCACAAAAAACAGUCUACUUGUUGGGGUCACACCAAGGAGUCAGUCAUCAUCAGUCGUUUCUUAUUUGUUUAUUCAUCGCUGUAUUUCAUGUCAACAUGUCUGACAUGAUAAAUGUGCCUUGCGGUGAGCAUGGAAGUGUGUUCUUGGCCUUGCAAAAACUUUGGCUUUUUAUUGAGCUUUCAACCGCAUCCCACAGCAACCUCCUUCAGCAGUUGUCAGUGUAUCAUUUACAACAUCUAGACUUACUGUAGGCUAGGUGAUGAAAACUAUGUGGAUCUAGGUGGACCUUGAUUUACAUUUUGUUUUUGUUUUUUUUGUCAAGAUGCAUUCUGGUGUUGUGUAUAUUUUCAGUGACACACCCGUAGCCUAUUAGUAGGUCAGCAUGAAAAGGCGUCCAGGUCUCGGUUAAAAUGUUAAACAACUGUCUGACAUGUGACUGUUCCUAACGAAGCAGAAGAAGACAUAUAUUGCGUCUUUACUAUAUACAUUUCACACUGAAAGCCAGUGUGUGUGGGGGGGAUCUGAAAUGUCUUUAUUUUGGCGCCAUCUGCUGGUAGAUUAAAGCACCCAGGGAGAGUGAGAAGCAACUCAUGGAUUAUUUUAUUUCUCUACAAACAAGAAUUUAUGCCCAAUCACACAAAAAAACCCUACACACAGAAACUUUAAUACCAGCUUCAGCAUUCAUGCUAAAUAGUAGGCACUUACUCCUAUAAGGUAAGAUUUGCUAUAUUGUUUUUGCCUGUGUCCGUGUCUGUGUGCCUUUUUGUUAAAAGUCUGUAUGUUUCAUGCAUAAAUCCUGUAAAUAAAACGACCUUUUCAAAAUCCA